AUGCGUUUUGCAAUUACUGUCAGCUUUGCCACCUUGGCCAUCGGAUUGGUCACAAGUCAAGCGGCUAAGAAUAACGCGCCUACGCACAACAACUUUGCCUUGGUGCGCCGUACGACCAUUGUUACCCAGACCAAUGUGACAGCAACCAUCCCAAAAAGCAAUGUUCCCCCAGUGUUGUCUCCACCCGUAGGUCUUCGGGAUGCGCUUCAAAACGUGCACAGGAUCCAUAAUACCAUAGAUCCCGAUGCUGUCAACAAUGAUCACGGUCUUCUCCGCCGGGACGUCACCAUCACCAGACCAACAAACAAUAAUCCAACAAAACCUUCGUCAACUACAACCGUAACAUCAAACAGUCAAACAAAUCCUCCACCAGCAACAUCGUCAACAACUUCUGCAAACCCUCCGCUAACAACAACUGUAACGACAACCAGUCCAGCUCCAGCAAAGCCUUCAUCUGCUCCACCGCCAACCAGUCAAACAAAGCCUCCACCAACCAAUCAACCAAAGCCUUUGUCUGUAGCACCACCAAACCCAAAGCCUGCCGUUGUCAUGCCUGCCUCAUUACAUCCUGCACCUCCUCCUGGUCAUCGAGAUGCGCUUGAGACUGUCCACAAGGUACACAAUACUUUGACUACCCGUCAAGAUAAGCAGGAUGCUACAACAGCUUUGCCCGCCAAGCUUCCAACUGAUUCGACUGCAUGUGCAGCAAUUUUGAAGAAGAUGGAAACAGCGAAAGCUUCUUCCGCUGGAACUAAAUCUGCUUCAAGUCGUCGUGGAUUACCGGGAACAUACAGCUACCCUUUGAGUCGUCGAGCUCCUCAGUCAGGAGAUAAGAAACCCACCACAUCAAGUGGAUCUAAAUCGGAUGACCCUUGUGCAAAAUUGGCCGAGAUCACUCAAAAGGUGAAAGGUGCAGUCAGCUCCGCUUUGUGA